ACGGUGGCGUUGAGAGAGAUCAGGAAGUACCAGAAGAGCACCGAGCUACUGAUCCGCAAGCUUCCUUUCCAGAGGCUUGUCCGUGAGAUUGCUCAGGAUUUCAAGACGGAUCUGAGGUUUCAGAGCAGCGCCGUCGCGGCUCUUCAGGAGGCAGCGGAGGCUUACCUGGUUGGAACCGUGGCUUUAAGAGAGAUCAGGAAGUACCAGAAGAGCACGGAGCUUCUGAUCCGUAAGCUCCCGUUCCAGCGUCUGGUUCGUGAGAUCGCUCAGGAUUUCAAGACGGAUCUGAGGUUCCAGAGCAGCGCCGUCGCGGCUUUGCAAGAGGCGGCGGAGGCUUACCUUGUGGGUUUGUUUGAAGACACAAAUCUGUGUGCGAUUCACGCCAAGAGGGUCACCAUCAUGCCCAAGGAUAUCCAGCUCGCAAGGAGGAUCAGAGGUGAACGAGCUUGA